AGGACGCAUUCAGCUGAGAGAAAUUCGGCUCUGCCGCACAUUUCGUCGUCAACGCGGAUAUUUCACUCGAGUCCGCUGCAUUUACGCAACCGGCGUCGUCGAGAGGCGUCCGAGAUGACUUCGAUCAUGCAACCGUUCGUGGACCCUGACAAUGGCAGGCCGUUCAUCGAGGAGAUCUACUCGUCGGACGAGGCCAAGUGUCUGAACGCCCUAAUAUGUUUGAAAAACGCAGUGAUCGGCAGCAACCGACAGAAAGGUUUCGUUGUACAACACGGGGUCGUCUCCAGACUGGUCCAGAUAGUGUCCUGCGAAUCCUCUCCGCAGAGCGUCAGAAUCGAGGCAACCAUUAUUUUGGGCUCGAUUGCGAAAGGCGCUGACGAGCAUGUUCGCGCUCUCGUCGAGAUGAAUUUGAUUCCUAUGCUAGUCAAGGGAAUUCUGGAGGAUGGAGACGAGGAAAGUGCUCGGUUGGUCGAAGCGUCACUGUGCUGCCUGCGGACCCUGCUGCAAAGCGGCCUUGCCCCCACUGGCACCCUAGCUCAGGACAGUGACUUUGUGCAACACCUGCUCGCCUUGCUGACAGCAUCGAUUACCUCCCAAAUGGCCAUAGCUACAAUUUUAACCGCAGAAUGCAAAACGCCUGAAUGUCAGGACAUGCUUUCUACCCACGGAGCAGUUCUCAGUUUGACUGCACUCCUCUGCUCCCCUCAUCGUAAAGUUCAAAUGCCCGCUCUCUCUUGCCUGGCAAAAAUCAUCUUUCAAAAUCGAUGUGUUGCUCUGGCCGCAGCUGCUGCAAGUUUUGGGGGCAAAGCCCUGCCUGACCUUCUGACCCUGCUGAUGGCCCAAGAUAGGCCGACCAGCAUGCAACUGGCCUCGGCCCGCUGCUUGACGUACCUGCACAGGGCAGGAGCUUUGAGCGCUGACGACCCCAAAAUAAUCUUCAGGACUCUGCCCUGUCUAGUUCGGCUGUGCCACAAGGAGCAUGACAACGGCAUCAGAGCAAUUGCUGCCGAGACGCUUGGUUACCUCACAGAAGUGGACACCGGUUUGCAGAGACUGGCGUCCAUCUCCAACCACUUGAUUCCUACCCUGGCUUCCUACUUCAGGGUGGCUCUCGAAGAAACGCCACCGCUGCAGCAACAACUCAGACAAGCUGCUUUUAGGGCUUUUGCCUCUUUAGGUGCAAAUGACGAAGAUAUAAGGAAGAAAAUCAUUGAGACUGAAGGUCUUGUAGAACACAUAGUCUGUGGCCUUCAGGACACAAGUCCUAGCGUGAGAUUAGCAGCGAUUCGAUGCCUUCAUUCUCUCUCAAGAUCUGUCCAUCAACUGAGAACUACAUUUCAAGAUCACCUUGUCUGGAAACCGUUGAUGAAUUUAUUAAAACACGCAUCUGACGAUGACGUGGUUACCGUAGCUUCAUCCACCCUUUGCAAUUUGCUGCUGGAGUUUUCACCUUCAAAAGAACCCAUUCUCGAGUUAGGGGCCAUCGAUUUACUUUGUGGGUUAACUAGGAGAAAGGAAGCGGCUCUCAGGCUUAAUGGAAUUUGGGCUCUAAUGAACAUGGCCUUUCAAGCAGAACAAAAAAUUAAAUCACAAAUUUUGAAAGCGCUGGGAACAGAGCAGAUUUUCCGGCUUCUGUCGGAUCCUGAGGUGAAUGUUUUAAUGAAAACUCUAGGCUUGUUGCGGAAUCUACUGUCAACAAAACCUCACAUCGAUCAAAUAAUGAACCUUCACGGCAUUCAAAUUAUGCAGGCUGUAAUUUUGAUUCUUGAAGGCAAUCACAGUGCUGAGGUAAAAGAACAGGCCCUAUGCAUUCUCGCAAACAUUGCAGAUGGAGACUCUGCAAAAGACUUCAUUAUGACCAACGAAGACGUGCUUAAAAAAUUAGCAAGUUACAUGAUGCAUUCAAAUGUGAAACUACAAGUUGCAGCUAUUUUUUGUGUUUCAAAUUUGGUUUGGAAAGACGAAAUCGGUGCGUCAGAUCGACAAGCGCGGCUCAAAGAACUUGGUGUUCACAAACUGCUUCAGCAAUUGAUUAACACCUCUGACACUCUCUUGUUUGACAAAGUAAAAACAGCAAUGACUCAGUUUUCUGAUUCAUGAUAUUGUGAAGACGAAGAAGAUGUGAUAUGUAACACGCUCGAAGUGCUGAUGGCACUUCCGAGCCCACAGUUAACUCCUCACUUGCACUCAAACAACCAGGAUGUUGAUUUUUUGCAGCAAACGUCUCGUGAUGACUAAAAUCUAUUAAUAAUUUUCCCGAGUUACUCUUUAAAAUCCUUUAAACUUAUUUUGAGAAGUCGCAGCCUGAAGCUCAAGCUUUGGCUUUUUGCUUUUAAAUAAGUUAUAACUGUUGAUCUUGCUUUUCAGCUGCAUAACUUUUGUUGUCCUUGUUUUCCACUAUAUACUGGUGUUGUUUUCCGGAGAAAUUUGUUAUUAGAUAAUAAACUAUAUAUGAGAGAUGAAA